AUGCCCGUGUCCUGGGGCAGGAGCCACUGUCAGGACGGAAGCCAGGCCGGGCAGUGUGGGCUGCUGGGACAGCACAGGAUAUUGGGGAGAGCUGGGCAGAGUCCGGCUGGGGCCCUGCGGCUGGAGGCAGUAAGACAGCCCAGGGCCUCUGCCGGGGUGGCAACUCCCAUCGGAGAGCAGAUCCACCAGGAGGUGCAGGACUACUAUGGCAAAGCGCUGCAGAAGUCAGAGGACCUCAAAACCAAUGCGUGCAUCACCUCAGCCAGGCCCGUUUCCAAGCUGGUGAGAGAUGCUCUGGAGCGCAUCCAUGAGGAGGUUGUGGCCAGGUACUACGGCUGUGGUCUGGUGAUCCCUGAGUGCCUGACUUCGUGCCGGAUUCUGGACCUGGGCUGCGGCAGCGGCAGGGACUGCUACCUGCUGAGCCAGCUGGUCGGGGAGCAGGGCCAUGUCAUCGGCAUAGAUAUGACCGAGGGCCAAGUUGAGGUGGCCAAGAAGCACAUUGCUUACCACACGGAUAAGUUUGGCUACCAAAAGCCGAAUGUGGAGUUCUUCCAUGGUUACAUGGAGAAGCUGGGUGAUGCUGGGCUGGCUGACGAGAGCUACGAUGUUGUCAUCUCCAACUGCGUGAUCAACCUUGCCCCUGACAAGAGGGCUGUGCUGCAGGAGGCCUUUCGUGUGCUGAAGCCUGGGGGAGAGAUGUACUUCAGCGAUGUCUACGCCAGCCAGCGCCUGAGCGAGACUGUCCGGAAGCACCGGGUGCUGUGGGGAGAAUGCCUGGCAGGAGCCCUGUACUGGAGAGACCUGUACAGCAUUGCUGAGGAGGUGGGGUUCAGCCCCCCGUGCCUGGUCACCGCCAGCCCCAUCACCAUUGGUAACAAGGAGCUGGAGGGCAUUGUCGGCCACUGCCGCUUUGUUUCCGCGACUUACCGGCUGUUCAAGGUGCCGGCUGGCAGCCGGACCGGGCCAGGACAGGUCACCUACAAUGGCGGCAUUGUGGGGCACGAGCGAGAGCUGGUGUUUGACGCCAACUUCACCUUCAAGGAAGGAGAGGUGAUGAGUGUGGAUGCUGAGAUGGCUGCGAUCUUGCAGAGCUCCAGGUUUGCAGAGAAGUUCCUGAUCCGAGCUGGUGGAGCCAAUGCUGCAGCACCACAGGGCUGCUGUAGCAAGGGAGUGAAGGAGAAGAUCUGUGAUCCCUUCCAGCUGCUGGAGCAGCUGAGAGCCCCAGGUCCUCUCAGCUGUCCUGGUGGCACCUGUGGUCCCUCAGGAUGCUGCUGA